AUGACUUUGUUUCAGUAUAUUACAUUAUUUGUAGCAAUUCUACUAGUCAUAUUUUACUAUAUAUGGAGACGCAACCAAAAUGUACUUGUAACAAAUUGGCCAAUAAUUGGCAUGCUACCAUUCGUUUUGCAUAAUCAAUCCAAUCUUCAUGAUUUUGUAACUUUAGGAUUGAAACUUUGUAGAGGCACUUUUCAUUUUAAAGGACCUUGGUUCACAAACAUUGCCAAUUUUAUCCUCACCAGUGAUCAUUUGAAUGUGCAUCACAUCACUAGCAAGAAUUUUAGCAACUAUGGGAAAGGAACUGAUUUCCAUGAAAUUUUUGAUGUUUUAGGUGUUGGUAUUUUAAAUUUGGAUUUCGAAGAAUGGAAACAAGAGAGGACACUACUUCAUUCAUUGCUCAAAGGGAAAAGUUUUGAGAUAUCCUUUCAACAAAACAUUCAAAAGAAGCUAGAGAAUUUCCUAUUACGAUUUCUUGAUCAUGCAUCCAAAAGUGUACAGGUACUUGAUUUACAAGAUAUUCUUGAGAGGUUUACCUUUGAUAUUACAUGCAUUUUGUUGUUUGGAUUUGAUCCUAGGUUCCUUCCUUACAAGUUCAAUGAAUUACCAGAGAUUGCUCAUGUAAAAGCUAUUUCGAUUAUUGAGGAUACAAUAUUGUCUAGGCACUAUAUUCCAAAAUACUUUUGGAAGUUACAAAAAUGGCUACAAAUUGGUCAAGAGAAGAAGUACAAGGUAGCUCAAGAAAAUCUUCACCAAUUCUUGUCCAAAUGUAUAACUUAUUAUUCCAAAGGUGAUGAAGAGAGAAGAAGAUUGCGAAACGGUGAAGAUUUUGAUGAAAGCCAUUUUUACUUGCUAAAGGCACUGAUGAAGGAAGGCUUGGGAAAUGAGGAAAUGGUUGAAAUUGAUAAGUAUAUUAGAGACACUGCAUUCAAUCUCUUAGCUGCAGGAAGUGGAACAGUUAGUUCAGGUCUAAGUUGGUUCUCUUGGCUUGUUUCAACUCAUUUCAUAGUGGAAGCUAAAAUAAUUCAAGAGAUAAAAGAUAAUUGUCUAUCACAUGAGGAUAAUUUGGUCACUAAUUUAAGAGUUGAAAAGCUUAAUAAACUAGUGUACCUUCAUGGAGCUAUAUGUGAAGCAUUGAGGCUUUAUCCUCCUGUACCAUUUCAGCACAAGUGUGCAAUCAAAGCUGAUAUACUACCUAGUGGAGAUUAUGUUAAACCAAAUACUAAGUUAAUAUACUCUUUGUAUGCAAUGGGAAGGAUGAAACAAAUAUGGGGUAAGGAUCGCUUCGAAUUUAAGCCCGAGAGAUGGAUAUCAGAUAAAGGACAUAUUUUGCAUGUACCAUCUUGCAAGUUCAUAGCAUUUAAUGCAGGUCCUCGAAGUUGUCUUGGGAAAGAUAUUAGCAUUGUUCAAAUGAAAAUGGUUGCAGCUGCUAUGUUAUGGAAGUUUCACAUACAAGUUGUGGAAGGUCAUUCUGUAACUCCAAGAGUUUCUAUUGUUCUCCGCAUGGAACAUGGAUUCAAAGUCAAAGUUAGUAAAAGAUGA